CACUGUGAUUUUACGAUAUCUUUAGAUAGUUUACAAACAUAUUAAUUGAUAACACUCGCUCAAUUUGUUCGACAUUCUUUCUGUAUCCUUUAUCUAUAGCGUUUUGAAUUACUUUCGAUUUGGACUUAACGUCAGUAACAAUCAUGUACCGACGCCAGAGAGAAGAUAAAACUGUCUUACAUGAAAGACGAAUCAUUUUAGUUGGAAAGACUGGCAACGGGAAAAGUUCUACCGGAAAUUCUAUUCUUCAAAAGCAUGCUUUUGUCCAUGACCUCAGCCCGAAUCCUGUAACAGAAAAGUGCUUGUUGAAAACAGGGACAAAUGAAUCAUAUACCUUGCAGUAUACCUUAAUUGAUACACCCGGCUUACUUGAUACAACAAAGCGUGUUGGCGAAAGAGCACUUGAUAUUCAACAGUCAGUUGAAAUCUGUCCAAAUCCGCAUGUGUUUCUUUUGGUCUUUAGCGCCGGAAAUCGUAUGACAGAAGACGAAUGCUUCACUAUAGAUAUACUCCGGAUUAUUUUUGGAGAAAAGGUAUUCAAUCAUACCAUAGUCGUUUUCACACAUGGCGAAAUGUUUGAGUCUGAUGAAAAGUUUAAGAAGUUUUGGACACAAAAUGAACAUUUCGUUAACCUAAUAAAAAAGUGUGGAAACAGGGUUGUCAAAAUAGAGAAUGACGAUGCUUACUUUAACCGAAAUGAAGGUGUACAUGAAAUUGAGAAUAUAAUCGAAGAGCUGACAGAAGGCGGACAUUAUUGCUAUAGCUACAAAUAUGUAAACAUCCACAGAUCAGUAAUUGAAGAACAUUUUAUAAAAUAUCAAGGAAAAGGCAACCUUCGUGAGGAUAUUUCCGACAUUAUUGACAAGCUGGGUAAGAAAUUAGAUCAACAAAUCUGGAAAAAAGUUUUAUUUGGUGGUGUACUGCUAGGUGGAGGAGCAAUGGGUGUGGGAUAUGCUGUCGGUGUUGCCGGGACAAAUGUUGUUGCUGCAUCGGGAUUGGGGGCAGCCGUUAUGAGCAAUGCUGGAGCUUUAGGUGGUGCUCUUGUUAGAUCAGCCGGUUCAAUGGCAACUGCGGCAGCUUCAUCAAACGUUGGUUCUGCCUUGAUUAAUAAUGGGGCCACUGCCGGUGGUGCUGUCGUAAGGACAGCUUGGAGCGUUGCUACAAAAAUAAGGUUUUGGUAACGGUUGAAUGAUCGGGCACAAUCGAUAUGAAAUGUAUCCUAAAUGUUUCUACAGCGGUUCUUGUCUUUAAGACACAUGACAUAUAUAUUUGUUAUUUUAUGUUAUUUAGUGAAGGUCGUAACCGAUUCCUGCAUUAUUCAUUCUAUAUUUCGAGACUGAUCAUUUAUUUCCUGCAAAAUGACGUAAAAAGAAAUUUAUUUUUUUAUUAUAUUUUUCAUAUGCUUUCGUUCAAAUAUUAAAUAACUUUAGACUUCA